CUUCAACUCAAGAGCCUCUCCCCGAAGUCGACUAGUGAAGUGUUGAUGCGAGAGUGAGCAACCAUUUAUUCACAUUUCGUUGGUUUGGGAUUAUAAAUGUUAUGCACAACCAUCAUCGCGGGUGUCUGUGAAGUCGGAGUGGACAAGUAGUUACAAGUAUCACUUCAACUCAUGGAAUGUAUUUUUUUUCUUAUUUUUUCAGCAGCUAUAAACAUUCCGUUUUUUUUUCUGCAGAGCUAUCCAAGUAAGGUAAAAGUCGGAUUUUAGGGCUAUUUCUCUUGUAACCUAGUUUUCUCGAUGCAGGGACAAGCCAUUCGUUUUUUUGUUGUUAUUUUCUUACGUCUUCCAACCGAUUGUGAUUGUGGCAACAUUUGUUCGCGGUCCACCGCUAUCUUCUGCAGCGUUCAUGUAACCUUGUCUUCGAGCUCAGCCCUACGGGUUUUGCUACUGGGAUAAGGGGACUAAAAAGUGACUUGUCAUAAAUGGAUCGCCAUUCCAGUUUCAUUUGCAUUUGGCUACAACUGGAACUGUGUGCCAUGGCUGUUCUUCUUACUAAAGGAGAAAUACGGUGUUACUGUGAUGCCCCCCACUGCGUGGCCACAGGCUACAUGUGCAAAUCGGAACUAAACGCCUGUUUCACCAAGGUGUUGGACCCUAUGAACACGAACUCGCCUCUCACACACGGGUGUCUAGAUCCCAUAGCAAACGCUGCCGACGUGUGCAGCGCUAAGAACACAGAUGCCCUGAGCGGGGGCUUGUCCACACUAGAAUGUUGUCACGACGACAUGUGUAACUACAGAGGACUACACGACCUGGCGCACACCAGAGAAUCUACAGACCACGGCAGGUACCAGCCUGAGAGCAACAACCAUAACCUGGUCACGCGGGUACAGGAGCUGGCCUCUGCCAAAGAGGUGUGGUUCAGGGCGGCGGUGAUUGCGGUGCCUAUCGCGGGAGGCCUCAUCCUGGUUCUUCUCAUCAUGCUGGCGUUAAGGAUGCUCCGCAGCGAGAACAAGCGGCUGCAGGACCAGAGGCAGCAGAUGUUGUCACGGCUCCACUACAGCUUCCAUGGCCACCACACUAAGAAGGGCCACGUGGCAAAGCUAGACUUGGAGUGUAUGGUGCCUGUGACGGGCCACGAGAACUGCUGCCUCACCUGUGACAAGAUGAGACAGGCAGACCUGGGAAAUGACAAGAUACUGUCACUGGUACACUGGGGGAUGUACAGUGGGCACGGGAAGCUGGAGUUCGUAUAACUUACUUUUCUAAGAUCGUUUGACUUCACUUUAUGUCCCACCACACCCUUCCCCACCCACCCCCCAAAAAACAGCCAAGACUGCCUCUUCCACUCGUUGGGGUUUCUCUUUUAACUUAAAAAAUGAAUCCCCUUUUUUGUCCAUUGUACUUAUCUGUUUUCUUCAAUGGAAGAAAAAAAGGACAGAAUUGAACGCAAGCCUUGUGGUUUUUGCUAAAGGAGCACUUUACUUGAAAAUUAAUGGCAAACCAAUGAGGAGCUGAGCGGGCAGGGCUGAGCUGACGGAUUGAAAGAGCUCUGUCAAGACCCUGUCUGCCUGUGCAUCCUGGACUUUACACAGACUGCUGAAAGAUUCCAAAUUGGUCUUAUUUGCACAUUUGUAAAAACAAAAAACGUUGUUUUGCUUAAAGAAAAGCUAAAUAGGAGAAGAAUUUUACACUGACACCAGGGUACAAAAAAGUUCUUUUUGGGGAGUAUAGGUGACUUAAGGUGUGUACACUCCUCUGUAUGUUUCUUGAUCCAAGCUUAUUGUAAAGAGUGAAAAUAUAUAUAUUUUUGUCUGAAAGAAA